CUCCUUGUAUUACCUUGCCGUAAUUAGGCCUGUCCAAUCAAACUGUCUUUUGCAGCUAAAGAGAAUAGAGAUGGCAGCACUCGCUAGGACUGGGCCACUGCUUCAAGUUUCCAAAAAACUCCCUGUCCUGGGGCUAACCAGACAAAACUGUAAACAAAGUGUUUGCAACAGAAUACUCUAUCUCCCAGUCAGAUCAACAAGUUUGAAGAAGUCAUUGUGGAUGUGUUGUAGCGCUAAAAAUACUGAGUGGCAGAGUUGCACACUCUGGCACAACCAGUGCUGCACACAUGUGGCCAAACAAGCACUGAGCACAAUGACGAUGAGUGAACGGCCAUACAUUUUAUCUUCAAAACUUAGUGAUACUGAGGGCAUUCAAAGAGAGCAUGCGGAAAUUAUCAAGAAGCAUUUCAACAUCAUCUGGUUUGAUGAAUUCCUAAAAAACAAAGAGGAAUUGGCGAAUAAAAUCCAAGUGGUUUUUUUGUGGGGGCAUAGUCUAAAGGUAGAUCAGAAGCUUUUACAGUCUUUACCCCGACUGAAGGCAGUUGUGAGCUCUGGAGUUGGUGUGGACCAUCUCCAUCUACCUCUGAUCUCUAGUUUUGGGGUGAAGGUGACCAACACUCCCCACUUGGUGGACAAUGCAACUGCAGACAUGGGCAUGGCACUAAUGCUGGCAUCAGCCAGAAAUGUAAUAGAAGGUUUCAAGAUUGCAACUUCACCAGAAACUCAAUGUAUGCCAUGGAACUGGGUUGGGGUGGAGGUGACUGGUGCCACUCUUGGGAUCAUUGGAAUGGGUCGGAUUGGAUACAAAGUUGCACAAAGAGCUAAAGGAUUUGAUAUGAAGAUUCUUUAUCACAAUAGGAACAGAAGGACAGAGGAGGAGGAGAGAGUGGUGGAUGCGAGUUACUGUGCUAAGAUUGAUGAUCUCCUUUGGCAGUCAGACUUUGUGAUGGUGGUGGUGAAUCUGACUCCUCAAACGCUGAAACUAAUUGGAGAACGUGAGCUUAGCCUGAUGAAACCCACUGGUACUCUGGUCAAUAUCUCCCGAGGUGCAGUGGUGGAUCAGGACGCUUUGGUGAAAGCACUUCAGAAUGGUACUAUUCGUGCUGCAGCUCUGGAUGUGACUGAUCCAGAACCUCUUCCAAGGGACCAUCCCUUAUUGAAAUUGUCGAAUGCCAUAAUUACUCCCCAUCUUGGAACUGCAACUGACAAGACUACUGAGAAAAUGUUGGAGCGAAUGAUUGAAAAUGCUAUGGCUGCUGUUUGUGGCCUUCCACUUCCGGAUGAGGUGUUGAUAUCGUGAAGGAUAUAAACAAGAGAAAUAGUGUUGUGAAAUUAUGUCGUAAAAGCUUUUGGCUCCUUAAACCUGCUAGUGCUACACAAAUUGUGCAUUAUCCUCCUAUCGUUGACUUUCCCUGAGCCCACUGAAUCUACUGAGGAAGAGGUUUGUAAUUUUUUUCCCUGUCCCCGAAGCUAAAUCAAACAAAAAACCAAGAUCCAAAAUGUUGUUCAACUGAGAUAGUUAAAGGGUGACCUGAUCAAGAUCAUCAAGAUUAUGUAGGUUUAUGAUCAGGUACAUAUUAACAGAUUAUUUCCACUGUUCAGCAAAUCUAUAACAAGAGGAUGAAAAUUUAAUAUACUCAUGGCAAAUAUCAAAUGGGAAGGUAGAUAACAAAUAAUGUUUGUACGGAGGCUGAUUGGAAUUUCCUGGCACAAACUAGUGGAAGCAGAGCCCAUAAAAUAUUUCAAAGUGAAUUCAAUAGGUGCUUGAAAAACUGGAAAUACUGAACAGUAUGGGAAGCAAAUGGUCUAUUCCUGCACUGUAUGAUUCUAUGUCAGUAACAGCAAUGUGUAUCUUGAUAACACACUUCACAUGAAAGAAACAAUCAUAACAUGCUGUAAGAAAAAGAGAGUAAUUAGGAACAAAAUGAAUGUUAUAUAGUCUGGGGGUGAAAGGGGAGAGGAGGGCUGUUAACAUUCACCUGAAUCACAAGGCAAAAUUAAUAAGUUAAUGAUUAAAAAAGGAGAGAAAAUUAUUAUAUAGAAAUAAAUAAUAAAGUAACAUUUAAUGCACAA